AUGGCGAUCGAAGUUUGCUCUGAGAUUUCCACGGUAGGAAUCAGUCCUCGAAUCUCGUUUUCGCAUGAUCUCAACCAGGCCGAUUUGUUGCCUUCUUCUUCUGAUUGCAAUCGCGAGCGUUUGGACUUGACUCUUCUCGAAUCCGACUUCGAUUUCUGCAUCGGCAAUCUUCUUAGGCAAGAUCUCUCCUCCGCCGACGAACUUUUCUCCAAUGGCAAAAUUCUCCCCGUCGAAAUCAAGAAAUCGAUCGAGCCAAACAGAGAAGUUCUUAAACCUAUCCAAUCUCCUCCUCCUCCUCCAGUUCCUCCCGAUCCUGCCAGAAAUUCUGUCUCCUCCGAGAAGAAGAGCCUCAAAGAGCUUCUCUCCGCCAGUUUCGAUGCCGAUGAGAAACCGCAAUCCAAAUCCUUCUGGCAGUUCAAGCGAAGCAGUAGUCUAAAUUGCGAAAGCUCCAAGAGUAGGAGUUUGAUUCGAUCCUUGCAUUUCCUCUCGAGAAGCAACUCCACUGGUUCGGCUUUGAAUCCGAAAUCGCAAUCGACUUCGAAGGAUCCUCAGAGACCGAAUUUGCAGAAACAGCCUUCGAUUUCGAGUAGUAGAAGAUCAUCCACAUCCAUAUCCACAUCCGCAAACUCGUAUUUCGCAAAUUUGUCCUCUCAAAAGCCUUCAAUGAGGAAGAAUUCGGGACCGAACAAUGGCAACGGAGUUCGAAUCAGUCCUUUUCUCAAUCUUCCUCCGCCAUACAUUUCCAAAGUAACUGUAAGUUUUUUCGGAUUCGGUUCUCUGUUUUGCAAUGGUAAGAUUAAAAAGAAGAAGAAAUGA